AUGACACAUAAUAACAACAUCACUAAUUGUGAGCGCUCCUCAAUGAAUUUUGAAAACAGAUGGGUCUUGAGAUCCGCUCUGAACUUCGCAAGUGAUGGAGAAGUAGUCAGAAAAGUAGCCAGUGCAAGAGAACAAGAUAAGGAGAUAUAUGAGAAAAGAAAGGGGCACGAGCAACUAGACGAGCAGCAGAAAGGAUUAAGUUUAAGACACAUAGAGUCAGACCAAGCGAUAAAGAAGAAAGAAAGUAGUUUGGCAAAUAUGGACAAAUCGGCAGUCAACAAGUUAAUAUCUUCCGAAAGUCAGCGAAUAACGUAUUUGGUAAAUCAGAAUACGCACAGUAAGGCGUGGGAGAAUUUUGUCAUGGUGAAUGUGAACCAAACGUUUUGUGGUUACCUGAAAUGCCUGAAAUGUGAUGCUCUUCUGGCAUGGAAAAGCGAGAUGGUACUAGUGGCUUAA